AUGCCUUGUGGAAAGCGACCUCUUAUUAAAACUUGGGAUAAACCAAAGAAUUUGCGUGCUAUAAAGCCUUCUCGAUAUCAACAGAAUGAACCCUCGGUCAGGUUGCAUUGGAGAAAUGUGGUUCGGGAGUUGGAAUUAUCUUAUAAAGAUGACAAGUUCUGGGAGUCUCAAAGUGAGACAGUCCGACAGCUCGUGGGCCCGGUGCUGUUCACUAGAAUCGCGAAGAUAUUCGACCUCCCUCCGGAGUCCACGCGCUACGAGCCACCUUCCGAGAGCGGUUCUAUCUUGGCCUCGGACCAAUUUUAUAUAGCCAAAACUGCUUCGCAAAUAGGACCUACUAGCCGGCCCAACUUCUCUCUGAGUGACUUUGAACCAUCAGAAGUUGAAGUUGCCGAAGAGGAAAUAAUAGAAGAACAAUCUGACCUGUGGAGCGAGGUAUCACAAGCAGAAAGCAUGAAACAAAGAUCUUCCCAUAAAUCUCUUACUGUCAAAGCUUCUCAUGCAGCCACUAUAACGAUGUCAAGGAACUUUUCGAGGAUGAUAUCUUCAAAAAGUUUUUGUCAGAGAGCAAUGUCUAUUCAAACUGAUAAGACGAGGACUGAUAAAUCUGAGACAUCAACCGCCGGCUCCCCGGCGGAGACCCAUGAUGACAUGGAUGUUCAUCUGGCGAGUAUAUAUGGCAAAAAACGCAGAUAUAGUUCCAAAAAUCCCCAUUUUGAAAUGCUUUAUUGCAAUGAAUCGGAAACUGAUAUGAUCAAAUGGAAAUCUAAAUACAAACAAAAGGGUUUCGAAAUAUCGGCAUCAGAUGAAUUCAGUAAGAAGGCAGAAAUUAUGACGAAAAAAAUUGCUAAACAAUUUUACGAUUGGUGGACAGCUCUUGGAAGUGUUGAGUUCAAAAGUGAAAUCAAACGUCCAGAGGAUAUUGAAGAUCUUUUCCAGGUGUGGUUUGAUGAGCAUGCAUCUCGUAGCUUGAUGCUGGAUCCAAAGAUACUGCCGUGUGUGCUGCAAAGUAUUGCAAAUUACGUCCGUGUUCCUAAGGCAUCUUGUCCAAGAGUACUGAAACGGCAGAUAGCGUCCGAUAUCCACGCUGAAACAAGCCCGGCGCACACCACGGCGUUCAACUCGUCAUUGCCACAGAAAUUGAAACAUAUCCCGCCACGGAACAACACUGAGAGCAUGUGGCAUUGCGUCAAGAUUCCCGACGAUUUACUCACAAUGGCCGCCGUGUGGGAUGAUAUUCAGCAUCUCACAUCAACCAAAUCAUUCUACACAUGGUUGAAGAAACGGCCACAUUUGCCAAUGCCAACCUUCCUCCGGUCUAUAGACGCGGCAGGGGAUAAAAAGCAGCUUUUCGUGGUACCUUCGGACUAUGUCGUGAGGGACAAAACUGCUUCCACUUCUGACCAAGAACUGGCAUUGCCAAUAUCCCAGUACACGCUUGAGCUGAAAGACGUACUGAGCAAACUGAUGAAUGACUAACAAUGGUCACUUCU